UGCUAGCAUUUAAAUUUUGUAAUAUUUGUCCAAACUUUUCUAACUUUUGUAUUACUGACACGUCCACUAUCUCCAUUUUGUUUUAUAUAUAAUUGUCUUCAGGUUCUAGAAUAUUAUAACUCUCCCAGCUGAGACACCGCCCAUUGGUCCAAUAGGCGCGCUUAACAAUGACGUAAUCCGUGUCCAGCCAAUGGCGAGUAGGAAUCGAACAUCACCGUUUAAGAGCUUACACAAACAUGCGAGUGUUGACUUUAGGAAGUUAUGCAGGGCUCUUUUAGGUCUUUACAAGUUCUCAUGUAUAACGCGUCCCUGCUCUUUUAGACGCCAUGGCUGUGGCACCUGUCAAGGGGUGGGAUACAUUAGACAGCAAGUGAACAGUCAGUUCUCAAUGUUGAUGUAUUGGAAGCAGGAAAAAUGGGCAAGCGUAAGGAUCUGAGCAACUUUGACAAAGGCCAAAUUGUGAUGGCUAGAUGACUGGGAUGACUGAGAACACACAAUGUAUCGUAGCUGCAGACUGGUCAUUGUGCCCAUGCUGACCUCCGUCCACCACCAGAUGCGCCUACAAUGGGCACGUGAGCAUCAGAACUGGACCAUAGAGCAGUGAAAGAAGGUGGCCUGGUCUGAUGAAUCACUUUUUUUUUUUUUUUUACAUCAUGUGGACGGCCAUGUGCAUGCUUACCUGGGGAAGAGAUGGCACCAGGAUGCAGUACGGGAAGAAGGCAAGCUGGCAGAGGCAGUGUGAUGCCCUGGGCAAUGUUCUGCUGGGAAACCUUGGGUCCUGGCAUUUAUGUGUCUGCUACUUUGACACGUACCACCUACCUAAACAUUGUUGCAGACCAAGUACACCCCUUCAUGGCAACGCUCUCAAUCCGAACUGUGGGAUGUGUUGGACAAACAAGUCCAAUAACAUGGAGGCCCCACCUCGCAACUUACAAGACUUAAAGGAUCUGUUGCUAACGUCUUGGUGCCAAAUGCUACAGCACACCUUCAGAGGUCUUGUGGAGUCCAUGCCUCGAUGGGUCAGAGCUGUUUUGGAGGCACAAGGGAGACCUACACAAUAUUAGUUGCAGAACUGGUGGCAAAAUGCUUGCAGGCACGAGACAUGGCUUAUUGUCCCUAUAGCCAGUUCCCGGUUGGUGCUGCUAUUUUGACAUCAGGAGGUGCCAUAAUCACAGGUUGCAACGUAGAGAAUGCUUCUUACGGCCUUACAGUUUGUGCAGAGCGAACAGCCAUACAGAGAGCUGUAGCUGAGGGCCACAGAAGUUUUACAGCUAUAGCAGUCACAUGUGAUAUUAAAGAUAGUUUUGUGGGACCCUGUGGGGCCUGUCGACAGGUGUUAAUGGAGUUUGGUACAGAGUGGGACAUUUAUCUGACAAAGCCUGAUGGGGCCUAUAAGAAAACAAGUCUGAGAGAGCUGCUGCCUUUAGCAUUCAGCCCAGCUCACCUGGCAGAAGAUGGCAAUUAAAACAAUAGCUUUUUAGGACAGUCUGUUUUGUUCUUCUUACUUUGAAUUAGAAGUGUACAUUGGGACUGCUAAAAAGUGGCAGGAUCAGGUGGUUUUUUUACUCCCAUUCAGGUGGGAGUUGGUGGUCAGAUCUGAACCUCGCAGGACGAAGAAAGGCCAGGGAGUGUUCUGGAUGCAGCAGAUUGUUUCUGUGGCACUGUGCAGUGCACUUGUGCAUUGCAUUACUAUCUUCCGGAAAUGCAUUAUUCUGGUUAAGGUCACUGUUAAAUGACUAAUUUAUUUAUAUUUGGGGGAAUAAACUUAGAAAAUAUUAGAAAAUAUCGAGGGCAGGAACAAACAAAAAUAAGUGUGUAAAAAAUAACUGUGGAACCAGAAAGGAUUGAUCAAGCUUUCUGAAGUAGUGAGCAAGAUUGGGGGAAAAAAGAGUACUGCACAACCUUUAACUCUACAUCCCUACUCAAACCUUUUGUGAUGUUGCAAAUCAAACACUUGCAUUUUUGUUUUUUUGGGGUCAUGUAGGACGACUUCUGAUAUUCCAUACCCUCAAUUUUUCAUAUCCUCAGGUAUCAUCAUUCUCAAGUUAGAGCUAUAAAAAUGUUCAUUUAGUAAUAACAAUCAGCCCUUAAAUUAACCAAUAAGCAAUUAACUUUUUUUUUUUUUUAAAUUUAUUUUAAGUUAUGAAAUCUAGCCUUUGCUGAUACUGAAUCACGAAUGUAGCUAAAGAUGUACCACAAGAGGGCGCAACAAGAACAAGCGGUGCAGAAUUUAUGUAUUGUUAGAGCACCACUGAACUAAAAUCUUCAGAGAGCAUGUCUCAAAUUUAAAUCAGCUCUUUCUUCCUCAAUAUAGAUAUUUAAAAAUACAUAUUUAUUUAUAUACAUAAAUAUUUAACAGCUUUGUAGUCAUUUGAGUGUUCAUCAUCUUUCAGAGAACCUUUUCCCCUUAAUUUGUGAAACUGAAAAGAAAGUGCUCAGUGUAGAGGAAGGAAAGUGUGGGAUUUAUCCAUGUGCCCCUGGUGCCCCACGGGGCUGUUUGAAAUUCUCCUCUGCGACAUUGAGGGGACAACAUUCAGUUCUGUCACCCGGGAAAAACACUCUGACAUUGUUCUCUGUGAGAGGCAGAGAGGGAGAGAGCGGGGAGGGGUAAAAGCGUGAGAGAGAAUGAACGAGAGGGGAAAAAAACAAGUAAAAGGGAAAGACUACAAGCUAGACUUUGUUUCCAUGAGGUACUACUGAAAGCAAGAAAAUUACACUCAUCUCAAAGCUAGAAGUGAGCAGUACUGAAGAGCUGAUAAGAUAUAAGACAUGAAGAGAUAAAAAGGAAAAGACAAAAGGUGACAAUAAAACGGCUGACAAGGCAGUGUUCACAUUGGUGAAAUAACAUGGCUGAGCAUUUCAGAAAGGGCAGAGCAGCUGAGAGCAGAUGAUAAGUAAUAAGCAGCGAGAGUGUUUUUUUUUCUUGGCCUAAGCAAAUACAGGACACAGCAGGACCUACUCGUCUCUUAUGUACACACACUCACACAGUUUGUUAACACUGUUUUACUAGUCUUUGUUGUUUACACACAUUCUGUAUUUAAAUACAGUAGUUCAAUGAUAAGUGCUCAUGUGCUACACACUUAUAAAUUGAGACAUGUAUCAUACAA